AUGCUCCAUCAUGAUAUAGAUAUCUCAUGUCUUAUGGUGUAUGCCCAACAAAUGAAGGAUGAGAAACUCCAAGAAAAUAAUAGGGAGGUGAAAAGAGCAAGGACUGAUGAUGGGAACUUCUCCAAUCCUAUGUCCGAUGGACAAGGUCAACCAAGGUUCAAACAAAGGUUCUCCAACCAAGGUUCCUCAAAUGCUUCCCCAAGGGUCAAUAAGGAUAGGGUGUCUAACCCUAAACCUCAAGGAGACAAUGGUGGUGGAUCUUCUAUGUCUAGGCCUAAUUGUGCUAAGUGCGGAAUCGAGUGGUUAGGUUUCAAUUUCCAAAUGAGCCUAUCUUAUAGUGGAAGGGGGGGAAAUUCUAUGCCUAGAGGUCAAUUUGUCUCUUGCCUUAAAGCUAGGAAGAUGAUCCGCAAAAGGUGUAUUUACCAUCUUGUUAGGGUGAGGGAUGUUGAAUCCAAAACCUGUUCUCUAGAGUCUGUUCCAGUAGUGAAUGAGUUCCCAAAAAUUUUCCCCGAUGAUUUUCCUGGUAUUCCUCCCGAGUGGGAAAUAGAUUUUGGAGGUCUUCGUAGUGGUGGUAAUGGUGGUGGUGGCGGAGGUGGUGGAGGUAGUGAUGUUAGACUUGGUGUUAGAUUUGGAUUUGGCGAGGCUCAUGAAUCGGGUGAAAAUGAUGGAUUUGGCCAAAUUGUAGGGGACCUAAUUGGUGGCGGCGACGGUGGUGGUGGUGGUGGUGGUGGAGGAGGUAGUGAUGGUGGAUCUGGUUUUGGCAUUGGUCAUGGAUCGGGUGAAAACGACGAUAGCUGUUGCGGUGGUGGUGGAGGUGGUGGUGAUGGUGGUGAUCAAAAUGGUGGUAGUGGUUUUGGUGCCGGAGGAGGAUGGGGCCAUAAUGGUGGUGUUAAUUGA